AAUAAGGUUUAAUUUCACUAAAAGUAAGCCUUAGUUACGAUCUUUAGGAUAAAAUAAUUCUUAAAAAUGUCUGACAAACGGGUACUUCUGGGGUCUCUAAAGACCAAAAAUUCAGUUAUAAGGGAAAUGCUGUCGGAAUUUAUCGGAACACUGAUUCUAGUGUUGAUGUGUAACUGUUCAAUUGCCGUACAAGUGUUAGGUCGUCGACCACAUCUCGAUUUGAAUUCUGUUGGAAUCGCAACGGGUGUGGGACUUAUGAUCGCUGCAUAUUUGGGAGCAAAGGUUUCCGGAGGACACGUCAAUCCAGUGGUCACUUUAGCUGUGGCAACACUCGGAAAAUUUCCGUUAAGAAAAGUGCCGCAUUACUUUGUGGCUCAAUAUCUGGGAGGUUUAGCCGCGUCUAUUCUCGUGUAUCUUAACUUUUACAAUGCAAUCAAUGAAUUUGACGGGGGAGUUAGGUCGGCCUUUUUCAAUGCAACCAGCACUGCAGGUAUAAUGACUACUCACCCCACACUCAACUUAACGGCGUGGGGAGCUCUUUGCGAUCAAAUCAUAUCGGUGGCAUUACUGCAGUUCGGAAUUAUGUGUUUAAUCGAUGGCAAGAAUCUAAAUGUACCCAAACCUCUGAUCCCAGUCGGGUUGGCCUUAUUGUUAGCGGCACUUAUCAUGGCUUUCGGGUUAAAUUGUGGUCCAGCCCUGAAUCCGGCCCGUGACAUACCCGGCCGUAUAUUUGCAUACAUUGUAGGCUACGGUGGAAAUGUAUUCGGCCCUCAAGAUUAUGUUUAUUGGCUUAUAGGAGGACUAAUUGGGCCACACGUGGGAGCAAUAAUCGGCGCCUGGCUUUACUACCUGUUCAUUGAAUUGCACUUAGAAGACGAGAGUGUUGACCAAAAUGCCCAAAAGGAAGACAUCUUAUUGCAAGAGAAUGUCUGAAGAAUCAGAUGGAAAGGGAUGACUAAUAAUCAGAUGUGAAGUCUGCUGUGAAUGACAUUUAAGUUUAUCAUUUAGUCUUUAGCUUCUAUUGCAUUGGUUUAAGAUAUUUGUAUUUCAUGUCAUAAGUAAACAAUUGUUUUGUUAAAUAAAACUUACAAUAUGCUAGAAUAUAU